AGUCGAAAAACAAAAACAAAUUGAAUUGUUGUCAUUAAAGUGCAAUGUCAAUUGCGCUUCUCUUAAUUUUCGAUUAAAUAAUAAAAAAAAACGAACGAUAAAACCAAACAUGGAAGCGAGUGAAUAUUUUUUCAUAAAUGUAACCGGCCAAAUUGAUUGUGCCUAUUAUCCGAUUGGAUUCGACGGUCACAAAUUGUUUGUUCGUUAUGAUGUGGUUGCUGGUCCAGACUGGGAGCUAGUAUCGGGAUUUAGUUCGGGUGUUACACAAAAUGCAAGCGUCGGACAAUCAAAUGAUAAAGUCGUUUUUAACAUGCCCAUGGAAAUGAUGUUCAAAUCAACAAAUCCAUUUGGUUGGCCACAAAUUGUGUUCAGUCUAUACGGAACGAAUUGGUGGCGAGCUGAAUCAUCCAAGGGAUAUGCACGUAUACAUGUUCCUCUUGGUGGCAAACGUACAACGACACGGGCUCCAAUUUUAACGGCACAAUGCUCAAAUCUUUGGUCAUCACUUUCCAGUUGGUUCACCGAUCGAAGACCCGAACUACGUGAUCCGAAAAUUUUACUCGAAGGAACCAAAAACAAAGGUCUCACCAUGGAAUCAUAUGGUGAAUUGGUCGUGACACUACAGUCCAUUACGAGAGGUGGUGAUGCGCUGUGCCUAGAAUGGAAUUAGGCAACGGAUGAAAAAUACACUGUGACUGAGAGAAUUUUUGUAGAAAAAUGCGUCAUUUUAUUUUUAAAUAAUCAUUAAUCGAAUUAUAACGAACCUAUUGUAAUUGAACCAAUAAUCUAGAUUAUCAGAUGAUAAGCAA